GUCCGUUCGUUCGUUCGUUCGUUCGUUCGUUGGGUUCGUUCGCUCUCCCUCCGCCCGUUCGGCUCCGGUCGUGGAAGUCGAUGCUAAGGUCGGAGUGCUGUCGCUUGCGCGAGAAGGGAGUGUCUCGGGCGCCUGUCUCGCCGCCCUCCUCCGCCGGUCCUCCCAGUGAUCCCGAAUUUCCUCCGCGGGCACACGCGCUUCCCGCUGCUCGAGGAUGACGCUCCCGAGUCGUCCGGUCUCGCCCGAGUCUGGUACGCCCGGCAUUAUUCGCGAGCGAACACGUUGGAUUGAAUACGCGAUUUAAAAAAUAAUAUCAAUAAUAAAUCCAAGUUUUUGUCUUUGACGAAGAAAGAGAGAGAGAGAGAAGGAGGACCGUAUCACGGAUGUUCCUGUAUCCGUCAGGUAUCUCUCAAUGGCAACGAGUGCACAAAGACUAUCGAUUGCCGAGUGUAUUUAAACGGCUGCGAGGGAAUCGUUAAUAACCGCGUUCUCGCCAGAGAAAUCUUGUUCCUGCCUCGUUCCUUUGACGGUACAACCCAUCAUAACCAUUGACGACAAUCUACCCUCUCGAUUGACGUCCACAAGUCUCUCGGUGCGAAGAACAGUGCGGGAUAUCCUUGACACUAUGACGAGACCCAUAAGGAGGAGCCGGUAGUAGCUUGGUUGGCAGGGAUGUCCUCGUGACAUGUUACCCCGUGACCUUGGCUGGCGCAACUACAACGUCCUCCGUGGAGAGGGUCGUCUUUUGGUGCGUGGAUCCACGAGCGGGAGUACGGGAGGUGGCCGAUCCUUGAAUCCGCGUGAGAUCGAGUAUCGCCUGCUGCCGCUGGUGCAGGUCAAACCCGACUUUGUGAUCCCAUAUGUGCUCUGCUGGAGGGUGCCGGGCGCGAUUCACCGCAUCCAGAUUAAUCCGUCGAUUGUCCAUCAUCACCAUCACCAUCAUCAUCAUCAUCAUCACCAACAGCAGCAGCAGCACCAGCACCAGCAGCAUCACUAUCAGCAACAACAGCAUCGUCAGCGUCGACGACACUUUGAGGGAGUAUCGCGACCACGUCCACCGCCCUCGACGGAGCAUCGUCCCACGUACGGCGUCCAGCGUGACAUCCUUGUGGAUUCUGGUAUGGAAACAAGGUAAGACGACACUUCCCUUUGGCGUCCUAAUCGGAUCUUCCCGGUUUUACGUAAGUAGCGCGCUUUAUCACGUUUUACCGCGAUAAUGUACGAUCGAUCGGCGACAUAAAAACGUCGUCCACGGUUUAGAGGAUAAAGAUGACACGGCGCCGUUACAAAGGGUUUCUAACGGGCUCGCAGAAGCAGAGAGGAGCCGCAAAGGGAAGGAACCCGCGACGCGUGUAAAUUUAAGGGUUUCACUCAGCUUUUUCUCCAUCGUUGUCAUCUCCUUCGCGUCCCAUAGUAUAUAUU